CUCCCCCGCCCGGGCACAGAGCGCCGCGCUGGGGCCGCAUCUCAUCCCCAUACCCCGCUCCGUCCCUCCUUCUGCCCCGGUGCAACGGGAGACGCGGAGCGCCAGCUCCUCCCYGGCCCCCGACGGGACCCAGUAAGAGCGGUCUGGGGAACGGGAGCUUUUGGGCAGUACAGGGUUCGGUAGUCCCCGUCCUCCCCGCGGAUCCGCACCCGGACRGGAGGCAGCGGCAGCUCCCGGGAGSGUCCCGUCGCUUCCCGGUAUCGGCYKCCUCAAGCAGCCUUAGCCCGGCCCGGGGAUGCUGCGGAGCCCGAGGGCGGUGGAGCAGGGAGAGCAGGGGAGGACACAGACGGCACUGCGUGGAGGAACCCCGGGGCACGGGGUCUCUGCUCCGAUGUGUCCUCCUCGGGCCAGUCCCGGCCCUUGACUGGGAUGGUGCUCGGAAGGUCCGUCCCUCCCCAAGACUCCCGGGACGCGGGCGGAACCCGCUCGACGGCGGUACCGCCCCAUCCGCCCGCUCUUCCUUCCUAACGCCGGCUUGGGCUGGCCCCGGGGUUAGUCCCGGUUUAACCCCGCAGAUUCUGCGGUCCCGCAUGCUCCCGACUCGCACCCAGCGCCCUCGGCUCCGUCCCCCGUCCCGGCAGCGCGGAAAGCGGGGAAGGGGCGGGCCCGUGUAGGAAGGACCCGCAGGAUGUCCCAGCCGCCCUCCAUCACCCUGCACGUCCUCGAGAGCCCUGAGAGCGAUGGCCAGGAGCCCAGUCCAGACAAUGAGAGAGCCCUGCACACCUCCUUCCACCAGCUCAUCCUGGAGCAGAGCAGCUUGCUCGAGGCAGGUCUGGAGAUGGAGUUGCGGGAGAGGGACAGAGAGUCCCCAGCCCGCUUGGCUAUUCCAGAUGCCAGYGCUAUGGGCUGGCGAGAGCCUGGGCAGGGUGAGGAGCACCCCAGCUACUCCUCUGCCUCCCUGCAGAUCUUGGCCAGCAUGCCCAGCCGCACCAUCGGACGCAGCCUUGGGGCCAUCAUCUCCCAGUACUGCAACCGCAUGGCGCAGCUGCGGCGCCGGAGCAGCCGCCCACCCCUGCAGCAGCUUUACCGCACAGCACGGCCCAGCCUGCGCCACUACGACCUGGAGAGUGACCCCAGCAGGGCCACGCUGGAAGACAAGCGGAGCCUGCUGGUGAAGGAGCUGCUGAGUGUCUCACCCAACCAGUGCAGCCACAUGCUGCUCACCAUGCCCCUCAGCCUGGCAGAGAAACGCAUCCUUCGGCGGCGGCUGAACGGGCAGAGGGGGCCCCUGAGGCAGCACACCCAUUCCUGGGCCCCCUUCUCCUCCUGUGCUUGGUCCAARGUCUGCGUCAUCCUCGGCUGCCGAGGUCUCUGGUACAGGCUCCUCUCCCUGCUCCGCACUGCRCAGCCCUGGCACUAUGCCCUCAAGCAGAUUGGGGGUCGCUUUGGCUCCAGUGUGCUCUCCUACUUCCUCUUCCUCAAGACACUCCUUAUGUUCAACUUCUUUUCAUUCCUCAUUCUCCUGGUCUUUGUGGUGGUCCUGCAGGCUGUGUACCCCCCUGCAUCAGUCAGCCCCCAGCCCUUCACUGGCCUCGAGCUCCUCACAGGAGCGGGCUACUUCACACACUCGCUGUUGUACUACGGCUACUACAGCAACGUCACCUUGAAUGACCCCUGCUCCUCCAGUCCCGAGGGCAGCACGUGCCCCCUUGCAGCCCCCCUGCUCCCGUACAACAUGCCACUGGCCUACCUGUUCAGCGUUGGGGUGUCAUUCCUYGUCACCUGCAUCCUGCUGGUGUACAGUGUGUCCCGCUCCUUUCGGGAGAGUGUGGGGAGCUCCCCGGAGGACUUGGCCAUCAAAGUCUUCUGUGCCUGGGACUUCAAGGUGACCCAGAGACGCUCAGUGAAGCUGCGGUGUGAGAACAUCUGCACCCAGCUGAAGGAGCUGCUGGUGGAGCAGCGCUCCCUGUCCCGCUCCCGGAGCUGCUGCCAGUGGCUGGGUCACUGCACGGUGACACUGCUGGCCUGGGCGCUGGCACUGGGCUCGGUGCUGGGCUGUGCCCUGGCUGUGCACUACAUCUCCCAGCACAUGCACGUGGUUCAGCAGGAGCAGCGAGCACGGGCCAGUGGCAGAUGGCAGCGAGAAGCCAUUCUGCUGGUCCUGCCCCUUGUWGUGUCUCUCCUCAAUGCACUGAUGCCCCACCUGUACAACCUGCUGGCCAUGUGGGAGAAGCAGGACUCCCCUGUGACCCGGGUCUACGUGGCAGUCUGCAGGAACUUCAUCCUGAAGACGACAGUUCUCAGCCUGCUGUGCUUCCAGUGGCUCAGCCGGAGUGUUACCUGCACAACAGAGGAGUGCUGGGAGACCUGUGUGGGGCAGGAGCUGUAUCGCUUCAUGGUGAUGGAUCUCAUAUUCACCUUGCUGGACACGCUCUUUGGGGAGCUGAUCUGCAGGCUGAUCCUGGAGAAAAGGCUGAAGACAAAGCCCAGGCCAGAGUUUGAUAUUGCCCGAAAUGUGCUGGAGCUGAUCUACGGGCAGACCCUGACCUGGCUGGGCAUUCUCUUCGCUCCGCUCCUGCCAGCUGUGCAGAUGUUGAAGYUGCUGCUGUUGUUCUAUAUCAAAAAGAGCAGCCUGAUGUGGAACUGCCAGGCCCCCAGCAAGCCCUGGCAAACAUCACGCAUGAGCACCGUAUUCAUCACCCUGCUGUGCUUCCCCUCCUUCGUGGGUGCAGCUGCCUUCCUCUCCUACACCAUCUGGUCGGUGCGGCCAUCAGAAMUCUGUGGUCCCUUCCAGGGGCUGGAAACCAUCUACAAAUCAGGGAAGAGGUGGGUGCUAGUACUGGAACAGUCCAAUCCAAACAUCACUUGGUUUGCCUGGGUCUACCAGCACCUGUUGGAGAACACCUCCCUCCUGUUCUUCGCAUCCRUGGCUGUGAUAGCUGUUAUCUACUUCAACAUCCAGAUGGUGAGAGGCCUCCAGAGGGUCAUCUGCCUGCUCCAGAAGCAGAUUGCCAACGAAGGGGAAGAUAAGGGAUUUCUCAUUCAGAAGCUUCACUCCAUUUACAAGCAGAGAGACAGMCAUUCCUGAAUCCCAGGGAUGCACAAUCCUUGGAGCUGCUGGGAUGCUGCAGGUACAGGAGCAGGACUGCUGUCACACCCC